AUUGAGGACAUUGACCCUCCACUCAUCAACAUUCAGAGGGCUGAGAUGGGAAUCACAGGACACAGACGCAUAGGUGCCAAAAAACCAAGAAGUACUGGUCACACUGUGGCCUCUGCCAUAUCCUCUCCCUCUACCACCACCGUGGCUUCUGGCAAACGGACAGCUGUAUUGUCCAAUGAAGCCAGAAGAGAGAUGGCCAAGCAGGCAAAGGCUGCCAAGGAUGAGCGGCGGGCCAUGCUUGACGCCCGGCACAAGUAUCUCAUCACCAAGCUUGCGGAUGGUGUCAGCCUGGGGGAGGCUGAGGUGGAGGAGGUGCUCAUUUCCGAUGACAAGUUCAACCUGAUUGAAGAAUUCUUUGCACCAAAUGGAUCAAAGAGAUUGCUUUUCUUUUAUCAAGAAGUCAAAUCGAGACACCCCACCCACCUUUCCUGGUCAGACAUGGCCAUUUCUGCCCAGGGGCAGAAGAAGCUAUUUGUGACAACCGGUUCUGCUGAGGGAUUACUUGGAACGUGUUUGUUUUUCCUCAGAACUACAGAGAAGGGCAUAACAACUGCAAAUGUGUCCCAGGAGGUGAAUUUUGGAAUGCUUGACUGCUCCAAUGGGAACAUUCUGCACAGUUUAGAAAAGCUGCUCUCUCAAGUCAUGCUGCCUGCACUCAAGUCUCAAGAGAACUGGGGUGCAGUGAAGGAAGGACCAAAGAGUGCUCAUGUUCAAGAUUUCCUCAGCUCAGUGGACAAGUUUGUCUGCAGCCUAUCCUCUGCCAGGCAAAACAUGGAGGGAAAGUUCCAGCUGCAUCUAGGGGAGACUGGGUUUAACUUGGACAAUCUGCUAAGCCCCUCAGACUACACUGCAGCAGCUUGUAACUCUGAGCUGGUGGAGACCUUGGAGGGAGAGCUCCUGCACUGGGCCCACCAGAUUGAGCAGGUCCUGACUGAGAGUGAACAGAUGAGGAAAGAAACUGACGAUAUUGGCCCCUCAGCGGAGCUGGAACACUGGAAAAGCCGAAUGGCCACUUUUAACAGCCUUCUGGAUGAGAUUAGAAGUUCUCAUGUGAAGAAAGUCAUGGGAGUCCUGCAGCUUGCCAAGUCCAAGACCCUGAGGAGCUGGAAAGAGAUGGAUGGCAGCAUAACCAAUGCAGCGAAUGAGGCAAAAGACAACGUGAAGUACCUGUACACACUGGAGAAAUUUUUUGGCCCUCUUGGAAGAUGUACUCCAACCAGCAUGCUGGAGCACAUCCCCAGACUGAUGAACAGCAUCCGCAUGAUCCAUAGCAUUUCCCAAUACUAUAACACCUCCGAGCACAUGACCUCACUCUUUGUCAAGAUAACCAACCAAAUGAUCAGCACCUGCAAGGCUUACCUCUGCAAGGGUGUAACCAAGGUCUGGGACCAUGACAGACAUGAGCUUCUGAAAAGGAUCACAGAAUGUUCUCAGCUCAACCAUGAGUAUCAACUCUGCUUCCAUCGUGUCCGAGAGAAACUCCAUGAGAACCCAAAUGACAAGCAGUUUGAGUUCAGUGAGAACUACAUCUUUGGAAAGUUUGACACAUUCUGUAAGCGCCUGGACAAGAUUGCAGACAUUACCUCCACCAUAGACAGCCUGUCUGCUCUGCAGCACCUGAAGAUUGAGGGCAUUGAGAAGAUCUACGUUCGCUAUCAGACUAUAGUGACCAGCACCAAGUCGAAGGCCUACAACGUGCUGGACCAUCGCAAGUUGGAGUUUGACGAUGACUACACAGAGUUCAGAUACCAGGUCCACGGGCUGUAUCAGUCUCUGCAGUCACUGCUUGACUAUUGGUUCGAACAAUCACUAACUACUGAACGGAUACUGGACCUACUGGCGAUGUUUGAGAAUGUUAUUGGGAAGCAGCUGGACCUGACAGACAAGUAUCUGACAGUGCUGCAGCAUUACAGCCGAGAUUUGGAGCUGGUGCGUAAGCACUAUCAGAAGCAAAGGGACAACCCCCCCACCGCUCGAAACAUGCCUCCUGUAGCCGGAAAGAUAAUGUGGUCUCAACAGCUCUUCAGAAAGAUUGAAUCACCCAUGAAGGUCCUGAAAAACAAAAUUGACAUCAUAAAGGUCCCUGAUAUGAAGAAAAUUAUCCGUACCUAUAACAAGAUGGCAGCAGUGCUGUUGGAAUAUGAGCUGCUGUACCACCGGGGCUGGUGCCAGGAAGUGGAGAGGGGCCGACGUGCUCUGAACUCCUCUCUGCUCGUCAGGCAACCUGAAACCAAGAAGCUGUUUGUCAAUCUGGACCCUCUCGUUCCGGAGUUGCUGCAUGAAGCCCGGUACAUGCACAAAAUGGGCUUUCAGGUUCCAGACGUGAUCCUCAACAUGUACGCCAAUGAAGCCCAGCUGAAAGCCCUACAUGUCCAACUUGAGGAGAUGCUGGAGGACUAUCAGGAGGCCCAGAGCAGAAUCCCCACCCUCCUCCAGCCCCUGAUGCAUCCUUUUAUCAGCCGCGUCGAGGACGCCCUCUCUCCCGGCCUGACCAUGCUGUCCUGGACCUCUCUCAACACAGGAAAAUUCAUAGAGAACGUGUAUGGUGCACUGCGGGAGCUGGAACAGGUUGGAAAGGUGGCCAGGGACACUCUGGAAUGCCGAAUUGAGAGGGUUCUGCAGGCCAUGUCUUCCACACCCCUUCUGCUGCUUCCUGAGGAGGAGCCAGUCCUGGCCCAUGCCUUCCAGAGCCAGGCAGAGAGCACCAUUAAGGUCGCUUGGCAGGCGCUUGGAGCUCAAAGCCAGCAGGUAGAGCGGUCCAUGUCUGAGCUGAUUGAGGACCUCAAAAGGAAAAUGAAACCAGCAGAAACAGUGAACUUGGAGAACUCUUUCCAGUGUCUGCACCCAGAUGCCAAGCAGAAGACUCGUUGCCAGUCCUGCCUGCCCUGCAGAUUCUACAACAUGAUGGGCCAGCUUUGCCAAAGGAACACAGAUGCCCUGGUCAAAGCUACGAAGUUGUCCCUGGACUCCCUCAGGCGACGGCUUCAUGUGGUCAGCUCCAAAUAUCAGGCGUCCUCCCAGCUUACCCGGGCCUCUGCCCAGGCCCCCCUCUUCAGGGCUGCUAUCCAGCUGGCCAUUCCCAACAUUGUCAUGAGGCCCAGCCUGGAUGAAAUUCAGGGUAUUCUCAACAAAGUUGUGAGCACUGUGCUGGCAAUGGCAAAGGACGUUCCACUGUGGACAUUUUCCCAUCUCCAUCACAAACAGUUGCAGGCUGAACAGCUGGCGGUGAGGGAUGCAGGUGAUGACAGCCUGCCCACCAAGCAGAUUGUGUUGAAACCAUUCGACCGGCAGCUGAGUGAGCACAAAGAUGUCACCAAGGUUGUGGUCCAGCUGGCGUCCAUUGUGUCCUCGCUGAAGGCAGAUGCCGGCGAUGUACUGGAGGAGUUCGCUCACUUCUCCACCCUCUGGAACCAGGACCCAGAGGAGCAGGUGAAAGAGUUCUUGGAGACCAGCCCAUCACUACCAGAGUUCAGUGCUCAGAUCGCCUCUUACUCUAAGCUGGAGGCCCAGAUUGAGGACCUUCCCGCCUCGUGCACCGUGGGCUCAGUCCAGUUUGACACAGACCUCCUCAAGCUCUCCCUGACCCAAGAGUGCCGUGCCUGGAAGCAGGCGUUUGGCGCAGCACUGAACCGACGGGCCUCAGCCGACAUGGUUGAGAUCUAUUCCUUUGUGGACGGCCUCAGCAAGCGUCUGCAGAGGCCCAUUGUGGACCUGGAAGAUGUGAGGGGGGCCAUGGCAGCGCUCCGGGAAGUCCGUGAGGCAGAGGUAUGGAUCGACAGGACCAUUGGACCCGUGGAGGAGUCCUUUGCCCUGCUCAACCGGCACGAACUCUUCUUCAACGAUGGCAACGCAGAGAGGGUCGAUGGCCUGGCCUACGCCUGGAAGAACCUGAACACGCAGGUGAUGCAAACCCAGAACACGCUGGUAAAGAUUCAGCCCAUGAUGAAGGCAGACUUGCUGGCUGGCGUGGAGACUUUUCAGACGUCUGUUCAGUCCUUUUACUCUGAUUAUGAUGAGCGUGGCCCUGGGGUGGAGGGUGUGGCCCCACAUGAAGCCAGUGACCGGCUGCAAGCCUUCCAGGCCCAGUUUGAUGAGCUGUGGAGGAAAUAUAUCACCUAUUCUGGAGGAGAGGAGCUGUUUGGCCUUACUGUGAAAGAGUAUCCCGAUCUUCAGAGAAUCAAGCGUGAGCUAGCUCUUUUGUCGAAGCUUUACAACCUCUACAACUCAGUCAUUGACAGUGUCAAUGGCUACUAUGACAUACAGUGGUGUGACCUUGAUAUAGAGAAGAUCAACAAUGAACUUCAAGACUUCCAAAAUAGGAUCCGGAAGCUUCCCAAAGCCCUGAAGGAGUGGCAGGCUUUCAAUGACCUGAAGAAGAAGAUUGAUGACUUCAGUGAAACUUGCCCGCUGCUGGACAUGAUGGCCAAUAAGGCGAUGAUGCCCAGACACUGGCAGCGGCUCACUGAGGUCACAGGUCACAAAUUUGAAGUAGAAUCAGAGAACUUCACCCUCAGGAACAUCAUGGAGGCUCCUCUACUGAAGAAUAAGGAGGACAUUGAGGACAUCUGCAUCAGUGCGGUGAAGGAGAAGGACAUCGAGGCCAAGCUGAAGGGCGUAGUGGCAGAGUGGAGCAGCCACGUGUUCACCUUUGCUCCCUUCAAGAGCCGUGGGGAGCUGCUCCUGAAGGGCUCUGACACAGCUGAGAAGGUGUCCCUCAUGGAGGACAGUCUGAUGGUGCUGGCCUCUCUCAUGAGCAACAGGUACAAUGUGCCUUUCAAGCCAUCAAUUCAGCAGUGGGUGCAGAAGCUGUCCAACACCACUGAGAUCAUUGAGAAGUGGCUGACUGUGCAGAACUUAUGGAUCUACCUGGAGGCCGUCUUUGUGGGAGGCGACAUUGCCAAGCAGCUGCCCCAGGAAGCCAAAAGGUUCCAGAAUAUUGACAAGUCAUGGCAGAAGAUCAUGCAGCGUGCCCACGAGAUGUCCAACAUGGUGCAGUGCUGCGUGGGAGAUGAGACCCUGGCACAACUGCUGCCCCAUCUGCUGGAGCAGCUGGAGGUGUGCCAGAAGUCCCUCACUGGCUACCUGGAAAAGAAGAGACUGACUUUCCCUCGGUUCUUCUUUGUCUCUGACCCUGCUCUUCUUGAAAUCCUGGGUCAGGCAUCUGACUCCCACACCAUCCAGGGUCACCUGCUGAGUCUAUUUGACAAUGUAAACCGAGUUGGUUUUCAUGAGAAGAACUACGAUCAGAUACUCAACUUCCAGUCCCAGGAAGGGGAGACCGUGAAUCUGACUGAACCAGUAAUGGCACAGGGAAAUGUGGAGGUAUGGCUUGGGCUCUUACUUGAUGGGGUGAGGAAGACAAUUCACAGCAUCAUCCGCCAAGCCUACAUGGCCAUCAGUGACCCAGGACUCAAGCUGGUGGAGUUUCAGUCUGUGUUCCCAGCGCAAGUUGGCCUACUAGGCAUCCAGAUGAUCUGGACCAGAGAUUCGGAGGAGGCUCUAAGCCUGGCCAAGGUGGACAAAAAGGUCAUGCACACCACUAAUCAAAAGUUCUUAGAUAUCUUGAAUGAGCUAAUCGACAUGACAACUCGAGACUUGACAAAGACUGAACGAACAAAGUAUGAGACCCUGAUCACUAUCCACGUGCAUCAGAAAGACAUAUUUGAUGACCUGGUGCGUAUGAACAUCCGCUCCACUACUGACUUUGAGUGGCAGAAGCAAUCCCGCUUCUAUUUCAUUGAGGACGUGGACAGAUGCGUCAUCCAGAUCACGGAUGUGGAGUUCACCUACUGCAAUGAGUACCUGGGCUGCACAGACAGGCUGGUCAUCACCCCACUGACUGACAGGUGCUAUAUCACCCUGUCCCAGGCCCUGGGCAUGAGCAUGGGAGGCGCACCUGCAGGACCUGCUGGCACAGGCAAGACAGAAACUACCAAGGACAUGGGACGCUGCCUGGGCAAGUACGUGGUAGUCUUCAACUGCUCUGACCAGAUGGACUACCGUGGGCUGGGACGCAUCUACAAAGGGUUGGCGCAGGCCGGUGCAUGGGGUUGCUUUGAUGAGUUUAACCGAAUCGAGCUGCCGGUGCUGUCUGUGGCAGCCCAGCAGAUCUACAUCGUUCUGCAGUGCAAGAAGAACAAGAAAGCUCAGUUUGUGUUCACAGAUGGGGAUGUUGUGGACAUGGACCCAGAGUUUGGGAUCUUCCUGACAAUGAACCCAGGCUAUGCAGGCCGCCAGGAGCUGCCGGAGAACCUGAAAAUCCAGUUCCGAACGGUGGCCAUGAUGGUUCCAGAUAGGGCUAUCAUCAUGAGGGUCAAGCUUGCCAGCGCUGGCUUCCGUGACAACCAAGUCCUGAGCCGCAAAUUCUACACCCUCUACAAGUUGUGCGAGGAGCAGCUGUCUAAACAGGUUCAUUAUGACUUUGGGCUGCGGAACAUCCUCUCUGUGCUGAGGACGCUGGGGGCAGUGAAAAGGUCCAACCCCACAGAGCUGGAAAAGACGGUGGUGAUGAGGGUACUGCGAGACAUGAACCUCUCCAAACUGGUGGAUGAGGAUGAGCCGCUUUUCAUGAGUCUGAUCAACGACCUCUUUCCUGGCAUCACCCUCGACAAGGCUGGCUACCCCGAGCUGGAGGCAGCCAUUCAGAAGCAUACAGAGGACGCUGGACUAAUCACCCACCAGCCCUGGGUUCUGAAGCUAGUGCAGCUAUACGAGACCCAGCGUGUCAGGCACGGUAUGAUGACACUGGGCCCCAGUGGAGCAGGAAAGACCACCUGCAUCCACACACUGAUGAGGGCAAUGACAGACUGCGGUGCUCCCCACAGAGAGAUGAGGAUGAAUCCUAAGGCCAUAACCGCAUCCCAGAUGUUUGGCACACUUGAUGUGGCCACCAACGACUGGACGGAUGGGGUGUUCUCCACCCUCUGGAGGAAGACUCUGAAAGCCAAGAAGGGAGAACACAUAUGGAUAGUAUUAGAUGGUCCAGUAGAUGCCAUCUGGAUUGAGAACCUGAACUCAGUUCUUGAUGACAACAAGACCCUCACAUUGGCUAAUGGGGAUCGGAUCCCCAUGGCUCCUAACUGCAAAGUGGUGUUCGAGCCACACAACAUUGACAACGCUUCACCAGCCACUGUCUCCCGCAACGGAAUGGUGUUCAUGAGCUCCUCUGUGCUGGACUGGCAGCCCAUCCUGCAGGCCUGGCUGCAGAAGGUGCCCCCUUCACAGGCCAAAACACUGUGGGGCUGCUUUAGCAGUGUCUUCCAGGAUUUAAUUAACUUUGUUUCCACCACCGUGUCUCCAAAAAUGCACAUCCUGGAGUGCAUGUAUGUCAAACAAGCUAUUGACCUUUUGCAAGGUUUGCUGCCGCCAGCGGAGGAGACCCAGACGGCACAGCUGCACGUGGCCCGACUCUUUGUGUUCGCAGUCAUGUGGUCAGUCGGUGCUCUGCUGGAGCUGGAGGACCGGGCCAGGAUGGAGGCCUUCCUCCGGGCCCACGCUGCACCGCUGGAGCUCCCUGAGGCUCAGGGGGAGGAGACCAUCUUUGAGUUUGUGGUGAAUGAGACUGGGGAGUGGAACCACUGGUCAAAGAAGGUGCCUGAAUAUAUAUACCCAAAGGACUCUGUCCCUGACUACGCUUCUAUCCUGGUGCCCAACGUGGACAAUGUGCGGACAGACUUCCUGAUGCAGACGGUGAUGAAGCAGGGCAAAGCCGUGCUCCUCAUUGGCGAGCAGGGCACAGCCAAGACAGUCAUGAUCAAGGGCUACACCAGUAAAUAUGACCCAGAAACCCACUUAACCAAAAGCUUGAAUUUCUCCUCGGCCACACUGCCAAACAUGUUCCAGAGGAGUAUUGAGAGCUACAUCGACAAGAGGAUGGGCACCACCUAUGGACCACCUGCAGGCAAGAAGAUGACGGUCUUCAUUGAUGAUAUCAACAUGCCUAUGAUAAACGAAUGGGGUGACCAGAUCACAAACGAGAUUGUACGUCAACUGAUGGCGCAGGGGGGCUUCUACAACCUAGAUCGCCCGGGGGAGUUCACCAGUGUGGUGGACGUUCAGCUUGCUGCUGCCAUGAUCCACCCUGGGGGAGGCCGCAACGACAUCCCACAGCGCCUCAAGAGGCAGUUUAGCAUCUUUAAUUGCACUCUGCCCUCCAAUUCCUCUAUUGACAAGAUCUUCUGCACAGUGGCUGAGGGCUACUUCUGCUCCGAGCGCAGCUUCCCGGUGGAGGUGUGCACCCUGGCCAGUGCUUUGGUGCCCACCACAAGGAGGUUGUGGCAGGUGGUCAAAGCCAAGAUGCUGCCAACACCUGCAAAGUUCCACUACAUUUUCAAUCUGCGUGACCUGAGUCGAAUCUGGCAGGGCAUCCUCAAGGUGACAGCAGAGGUGUGCAGGAGCGCUGAAGUCCUGGUGGCCCUCUUCCACCACGAGUGUUCCCGCGUCAUAGCUGACCGCUUCACCAAUCACAAGGACAAAGAGUGGUUUGAGAUGACUCUAGAAAAGGUUGCCACAGGGGACCAUGGAGCAUCCCUAAUACGUGAUGCCCCUCGGGACUCCUACUUCGUGGACUUCCUGAGGGAUGCCCCGGAGGCAACGGGGGAUGAGCCUGAAGAUGACGACCUGGAGGCCCCCAAGAUCUAUGAACCCAUCCCAUCUUUUGAAGCCUUGUCAGAACGGCUGACCUUGUUUCUUCAGCAGUACAAUGAGGCAGUGCGAGGCAGCCCAAUGGACCUGGUCUUCUUUAGGGAUGCCAUGAUCCACCUGGUGAAGAUCUCGCGUAUCAUCCGCACACCCCUGGGAAAUGCCCUGCUGGUGGGGGUGGGCGGCUCAGGGAAACAAAGCCUCACCCGACUGGCCUCAUUCAUUGCCGGGUAUCAGAUCUUCCAGAUCACUCUGACACGAACAUACAAUACCAGCAAUCUCAUGGAUGACUUAAAGCUGCUCUACCGCACUGCGGGUCAGAAGGGAAAAGGCAUCACGUUCAUUUUCACUGACAACGAGAUCAAGGACGAGUCCUUCCUGGAGUACAUGAACAAUGUGCUGGCCUCCGGCGAGGUGUCCAACCUGUUUGCGCGGGACGAGGUGGAUGAGAUCACGCAGGAUCUCAUCCCAGUCAUGAAGCGGGAACACCCGCGCCGGCCGCCCACCGCCGAGAACCUCUACGACUACUUCCUGUCACGUGUGCGCAGCAACCUCCAUGUGGUCCUGUGCUUCUCGCCAGUGGGGGAGAAGUUCCGCACACGUGCGCUCAAGUUCCCCGGCCUUAUCUCGGGCUGCACCAUGGACUGGUUCCAGCGCUGGCCACGGGAUGCCCUGGUGGCCGUGGCCCAGCACUUCCUCAACCACUACCAGAUCGAAUGCUCUGAGGAGGUCAAGCAAAGUGUGGUGAACACCAUGGGGACGUUCCAGGACCUGGUUGCAGAGAAAUGUGUGGACUACUUUGAGCGCUUCCGCCGCCAGACCUAUGUCACACCCAAGUCCUACCUCUCCUUCAUUGAGGGCUAUAAGAUCAUCUAUUCUGAAAAGAGUGCCCAUGUCGGCACGCUUGCAGAGCGCAUGAAAACAGGACUAGCUAAGCUUAUGGAGGCUGAGGUUUCCGUAAACCAGCUGUCCAAGGAGCUGGCGGUCAAGGAGAAGGACCUUGAGGUAGCAUCCAAGAAAGCAGAUAGUGUCUUGCAGGAGGUGACGGUCAAGGCCCAGGCAGCAGAGAAGGUUAAGAUGCAGGUGCAGAAGGUGAAGGACAAAGCCCAAGCCAUUGUUGAUGAGAUUGAAGCAGACAAGGCGGUAGCAGAAUCAAAACUUGAGGCGGCCAAACCCGCUCUGGCUGCAGCUGAGGCUGCACUGCAGACCAUUAAGCCGGCUGAUAUUGCCACGGUGAGGAAGCUUGGCAAGCCACCCCACCUUAUCAUGCGCAUCAUGGACUGUGUGCUGCUGCUCUUCCAACGCAAGGUGGACCCUGUCACCAUGGACCCCGAGAGGCCCUGCCUGCGACCUUCCUGGGCUGAGGCCCUCAAGCUCAUGAACAACUCAGCCUUCCUCAGCAUGCUGCUCAGCUUCCAAAAAGACACUAUCACAGAAGAAGUAGUAGAGCUUCUCACACCCUAUUUGGACAUGGAGGAUUACAACCUGGAGGCAGCCAAGAGGAUCUGUGGCAACGUGGCUGGACUUUGCUCCUGGACAGAGGCAAUGGUGGACUUCUUCAGCAUCAACAAGGAAGUCUUACCUCUAAAGGCCAACCUGACCCUGCAGGAGGCGCGGCUGGGUGUGGCGCAGGCGGAGCUGGCUCGGGCUCAGGAGCAGCUGGAUGCCAAGCAGCAGGAGCUGGAUGAGGUCCAGGCCCUGUAUGACAGCGCCAUGAGGGAGAAGCAGGCCCUGCUGGAUGAUGCCCAGGCCUGCCGUCACAAGAUGGCCAACGCCACCACGCUCAUUGAGGGCUUGGGCGGAGAGAAGAUCCGCUGGACGGAGACCAGUGCUCUCUUCCAGAGUCAGAUUAGACGCCUCGUUGGGGAUGUGCUUCUGGCCACUGGCUUCCUCUCCUACUCUGGGCCCUUCAACCAGGAUUACCGCAACUUGCUGCUGCAGCAGUGGAGGAGAGAAAUGACCGUUCAGCAUAUCCCCUACAGUGAUGACCUUAAUGUGAUCAGCAUGCUAGUGGACAAUGCUACCAUUGGGGAGUGGAACCUUCAGGGCCUACCCAGUGAUGACCUGUCCAUCCAGAAUGGCAUCAUUGUCACCAAGGCGUCACGCUAUCCUCUUCUUAUUGACCCUCAGGGUCAGGGCAAGAUCUGGAUCAAAAAGAUGGAGGAAGACAGACAGCUGCAGGUGACAUCUCUGAAUCACAAGUAUUUCCGUACUCAUCUGGAAGACAGCCUUUCUCUUGGGCGACCUCUGCUGAUUGAGGAUGUAGGGGAGGAGCUAGACCCUGCGUUGGAUAACAUCCUGGAGAAGAACUUCAUAAAAUCUGGUUCCACAUAUAAAGUCAAAGUGGGGGACAAAGAAGUAGAUGUGAUGAAAGGGUUUACCCUCUACAUCACCACCAAGCUGGCCAAUCCGGCUUACACGCCAGAGGUCAAUGCAAAGACAGCUGUCAUCGACUUCACUGUCACGAUGAAGGGGCUGGAGGACCAGCUGCUGGGUCGAGUCAUCCUCAUUGAAAAGCAGGAGCUGGAGUCAGAGCGAGUGAAGCUCAUGGAAGAGGUGACGCUAAACAAAAGGAAGAUGCAGGAGCUGGAGGAUAACCUCCUGUAUCGGCUGACAAGCACUGAGGGCUCCCUGGUGGAGGAUGAGUCCCUCAUCGAGGUGCUCAGGGUCACCAAGACCACAGCAGAAGAGGUGAGUGAAAAACUGACAGUUGCUGCAGAAACUGAGGUGAAGAUCAACUUUGCAAGGGAGGAAUAUCGGCCGGUGGCUACACAAGGUAGCAUUCUAUACUUCCUUAUUGUGGAGAUGAGCCUUGUCAACAUCAUGUACCAGACAUCCCUGAGGCAGUUCCUAGGACUUUUUGACACUUCCAUGGAAAGAUCUACCAAGUCCCAGAUCACUUCCAAGAGGAUCGGCAAUAUCAUCGAGUACCUCACCUACGAGGUCUUCCGGUACACUGCACGGGGCCUGUAUGAGGAACACCGGUUCCUCUUCACCCUCCUGCUCGCACUGAAGAUUGACCUACAGGCUAAGAAGAUCUCCUACAGUGAGUUCCAGACCCUUAUCAAAGGUGGGGCCUCACUUGACCUUAACUCUGUGGAGCCCAAGCCCAAAAGGUGGAUCCUGGACAUGACCUGGCUGAACCUGGUGCAGCUGUCUAGCCUGUACCCCUUCAACCAGCUCCUGGGCCAGGUGAGCCGCAGCGAUCGAGCUUGGAAGGCCUGGUUCGACGAAGAAGCUCCUGAGGAGUCCCCAGUCCCCGAUGGCUAUGACAGCCUGCUGGACACCUUUCGCAAGCUGCUUCUGAUCCGGAGCUGGUGCCCUGAUCGCACCAUUGCACAGGCCCGGCACUACAUCGCUGAGUCACUGGGGACCAAGUAUGCCGAGGGUGUCAUUCUGGAUAUGGAGUCCAUGUGGGUGGAGAGUGACAAAAGGACCCCCCUGGUCUGCCUCUUGUCCAUGGGAUCUGACCCCACAGAGAACAUCGAGCGUCUGGCCAAGACAAAGGGCACACCAUGCCGUGCCAUUUCCAUGGGGCAGGGCCAGGAGGUGCACGCGCGCCGCCUCCUCUCCCAGAGCAUGACUGACGGGGGCUGGCUGCUGCUGCAGAACUGCCACCUGGGCCUGGACUUCCUGGACGAGCUGUUGGACACGGUCACGGUGGCAGACGGCAUGCACGAUGGCUUCAGAGUGUGGGUCACCACAGAGGCGCACCCCAAAUUUCCCAUCAACCUUCUGCAGUCGUCUAUCAAGUUUACCAAUGAGCCGCCACAAGGUGUGAAAGCUGGGCUGAAAAGGACUUACAGCAGUGUGACCCAAGAGCAGCUGGAUAUCAGCAACCUGCCGCAGUGGAAGCCCCUGCUGUUCACUGUGGCCUUCCUCCACACCACCGUACAGGAAAGGCGCAAGUUUGGCCCUCUGGGUUGGAACAUUCCGUAUGAGUUCAACCAGGCGGACUUCACAUCCAGCGUGCAGUUCGUUCAGAACCACCUGGAUGAGAUGGACGUGAAGCACGGGGUGAACUGGAGCUGUCUGCGCUACAUGCUGGGCGAGGUGCAGUAUGGUGGCCGGGUGACAGACGAUCACGACAAACAUCUGCUCAAUACCUUUGCCCGCGUCUGGUUCAGUGAGAACAUGUUUGGGGACAAGUUCUGCUUCUACAAAGGCUACAUCAUCCCCAAAGGAAAAACUGUGCAAGACUACCUGCAGCACAUUGACACUCUGCCACUCGUCGACUCUCCAGAGGUGUUUGGGCUCCAUCCCAAUGCCGACAUCACCUAUCAGACCAACAUGGCCAAUGAAACACUGAGUACCAUCGUCAACAUUCAGCCCAAGGACAGCGGGAGCGGGGGAGGGGAGACCCGUGAGGCAGCAGUGCUAAGGCUGGCAGAUGAGAUGCUGGAGAAGCUUCCACCUGACUACAUACCACAUGAGGUGAAGGCUCGUCUGCAGAUCAUGGGACUCUUCCAGCCCAUGAAUAUCUUCUUGCGGCAGGAGAUUGACCGCAUGCAGCGGAUCAUUGGACGGGUCCGCAGCACUCUCACUGACCUCAAAUUAGCCAUCGAUGGAACCAUCAUCAUGUCUGAGGACUUGAGGGAUGCCCUGGACAACAUGUAUGAUGCCCGAAUCCCCAGACUUUGGCACAAGAUUUCCUGGGAGUCAGCCACUCUGGGCUUCUGGUUCACGGAGCUGCUUGAAAGGAACAUGCAGUUCCAAACCUGGCUGUUCAACGGGAGGCCCAACCAGUUCUGGCUCACAGGUUUCUUUAAUCCCCAGGGCUUCUUGACAGCCAUGCGGCAGGAGACCACACGGAUGAACUUGUCCAAAGGCUGGGCCCUCGACACUGUGAUUCUGCACAAUGAUGUCACCAGGAUGAUGAAGGAGGAUGUCACAGGGCCCCCACCAGCUGACAUAGGUGGAGUCUACAUCUAUGGCCUGUUCCUGGAUGGGGCAGGAUGGGACAGACGAAAUGCUAAACUCACAGAAUCAUAUCCCAAGGUCCUGUUCACAUCCCUGCCAGUGGUCCACGUCUACGCCAUCAGCACCUCCACACCGCCCGAUUCGAAGCGUCAGCAGGGGGUGAGCCUGUACACUUGCCCCGUUUAUAAGAAGCCCCGGCGCACUGACCUCACCUACAUCUUCUCCCUCUUCCUCCGCACGGCCCAGGUGCCCGAGCACUGGACUCUGCGGGGGGUGGCGCUGCUCUGUGACUCCAAAUGAGACACUGUGUCCCAAACCCUACUGUGGGAGAGAG